AUGAUAGAUUCUACUGAACUCAAAAUGCCAGGUUACAUGGUGUACUGUGUCAUCAUCUUCUGUCUUGGCUCCUUCAGUAACGGCUGGGUCAUUGGCUCUGCUAAUGUGCCUGGUGAAGUGACUCAUGCCUGUGAAAAUGGUGCUGCUCAUGUGGCUAGCAAAGCUUUCCCUGAUUGUCUUCCCAUGAACAAUGCUCUCUGGGGUUUCGCUGUUGCCUCCUUCUGUGUGGGUGGUUUAAUUGGUGGUCUCUUUGGUGGUGCUAUUCAAACUAAAUUUGGUCGCAAGAAGACCAUCAUCUUUAACAACAUUGGUUGGAUCAUUGGUGCCCUGUUGAUCGGUGUUGCUGUCAAUCCUGCCAUGUUCAUUAUCGGCCGUAUCUUCUGUGGUCUUUCUUGUGGUCUUGGUUCUCUCUCUACGCCUACCUACGUUGGUGAAGUCUCUACUAUCAAGGCUCGUGGUACCAUGGGCACCUGUAACCAGUUUGCUAUUGUCAUUGGUAUCUUGCUUGCUUCUGUUAUCGGCCUUCCCCUUGCGAGCGUGCCUCUCUGGAGAAUUAACUAUGCCAUUGUUGCUAUUCCUGCCAUUGCUCAGUUUUUCUUGAUGGCUAGCUGUGUCGAAUCUCCUCGUUAUCUUGUCUCUAUCAACCGCAUUGAAGAAGCCAGAGUAAACCUCCAAAGACUUCGUCCCAACUCCAACAUUGAUAAAGAAUUCUACGGCAUGGUUGAGGGUCAAUUGGGUUCUGCAGCUGCAGAAGCCAUUGUGGGCGAUCAUGUUUCUAUGGAUGACAAAAAGUCUUUUGAUGAUCAACUUGAAGAUGGCGUUGUUACCCAAGAUGAAGGUGCCCGCUCUCCCAUGAAUAUGAUACAAAUCUUUACUGAUCCUCUUAUCCACCGUAUUGCUCUCACUGUCAUUGCUCUCCACGUUACUCAACAGUUGAUUGGUAUGAAUGCUGUCAUGUACUAUUCCACCACCAUCUUCAACAUGGCUUUUGAUGCUGAAAUGUCCAAGUACAUGGCUAUUGUCACCACUGUUGUCAAUUUUGCUUCCACUAUCUUGUCUUUGAUCUUGAUUGAUCGCAUGGGUCGUCGUCCUUUGCUCAUGAUUGCUGAAGUUGGUGCCUGCAUCUUUUCUGUUCUCUUGAUCAUUGGCUACGUCUACAAUGUGGGUGCUCUCUUGAUUGUCUCUGUCUUUGGCUAUGUUAUUGCCUUUGCCAUUGGUGUUGGACCCAUUCCUUGGAUGAUGACCUCUGAAUUGACUCCUGUCUAUGCUUCAUCUGCUGUUGGUGCCAUUGCUACUGCUGUCAACUGGGCCAUGAACUUCUUGAUUGGUCAGUGUUUCCCUCUCAUCUUUGAUGGUAUCAAGGGCUAUUCUUUUGCCAUCUUUGCUGGUGUUGCUGCCCUUGCUCUGGUCUUUACUUAUUUCAAGGUUCCUGAGACCAAGGGUCGCUCUCUCGAAGACAUUGUUCGCGGCUUUGAAAAGACGACAUAG